CCUCCUCCAUUGAUCAGUAUCGCGGGGAAGGCGGAUCCUCUGACGUCGCCGCCAAGCUGCUCGGCUGCGUCAGAGUCCAGCUGAGCGAAGGAAGAAGGAAACGAGGAAUAAAAAGCAAAGAGAGCUCCCUGAAAAGGCCGGGGAGAGCGGACUGACAGCGCCGGAGACACGGUGUCAGAGAGACAGACAGACCUGGGUCGUGCACACACACCGCGGACGGACAGGACAGGACAGGCAGACAUGGAGGGCUCCACGGUGGAAGACCACAAAGAGAAAUUAUUAUGGAACGUCAAACGAGAGGUGAAGCAGAUUAUGGAGGAAGCAGUGACUAAGAAAUUUGUCCACGAAGACAGCAGCCACAUCAUUGCUCUGUGCACUGCCAUCGAGGCCUGCCUGGGUCACCUGCUGAAGAGACGGGCAGCCGGCUUUCUCCGCAGCGACAAGAUCGCCGCCCUCUUCACCAAAGUCGGCAAAGUCUACGACACAGCCGGCGAGGUCUGCCGCAAAGUGCAAGAGCAACUCCAGCAGCAGGCUGAUCUCACCAGGAGAACCCAAAGCGUGGGCCAUGAACCCUUGAGGAGACAGGGAUCCUCCACCACCAGCCGCCCCCCUCAGCCUCUUUCUGCCCAGGCCAUCAAACACAUCUGGGUCCGAACAGCUCUGUUUGAGAAAGUUCUGGACAAGAUAGUGCAGUACAUUGUGGACAACUCCAGUAAAUACUAUGAGAGGGAAGCUCUGAUGCAUGACUCAGUCUUCGGGCCCAUCUUGGCAGCACUGCUGGUGGGGCCCUGUGCUCUGGAGUACACCAAACUGAAGACGUCGGAUCAUUUCUGGACAGACCCCUCAGCCAACGAGUUGGUACAGCGCCACCGUAUCCAUGGGGCCCACCGGGGCCAAGACACCUCAGCCGGCCGCCGGCCUGCUCUGGGGAUCCGCAAGAGGCAGUCCAGUGGCAGCAUGUCAGAAGACAGGUUUGCUGCAUCAGCUAGGGAGUAUGUGGAAUCUCUUCACCAAAACUCCAGAACACACCUUCUCUACGGCAAAAACAACGUCCUGGUGCAACCGAAGAAGGACAUGGAGGUGUUGCGGGGCUACUUGUCCCUCCAUCAGGCUGGGGAUAACCUCACCCUGAAGUGGACACCCAACCAGCUUAUCAAUGGCACGCUGGGAGACUGUGACCUGGAGAAGAGUAUCUACUGGGACUAUGCAUUGACUGUCCCUCUGCGCCAGAUAGUCUGUAUCCACUGUCACCAACGCCCUGACUGUGGUGGUACCCUGGUUCUGGUCAGUCAGGAUGGGAUCCAGCGGCCGCCCCUCCACUUCCCCCCUGGUGGUCACCUCCUGGCCUUUCUCUCCUGUCUGGAAACAGGGCUUUUACCACGGGGUCAGCUGGAGCCCCCCCUCUGGUCCCAGAAAGGCAAGGGAAAAGUGUUCCCUAAACUGAGGAAGAGGAGCAGUGCAGCCAGGCUCAUCGACCAGGACAGGAACGGUGAGGAGGAGACAGCUGCUGACUAUGUGUUUCGCAUCGUCUACCCUGGAUACCGCUACGACGCUACAGUCACCAUAAACUACCACCACACCACGGGCAGCCGCGCUCCGUCGCUGGACGAUGACGAGGAAGAGGAAGAUAGGCUCCAUGCUAUGAUCUCAAUGAUCUGCUCGCGGAACCUCACAGACCCUAAUGUCAUGAAAGACCACGGGGAGAUGAUGGAGAUGCAGGGUUUCGGAGGCAGCCCGUCGUCGUGGCAACAGGCCGAAGUAACCACUCACGAGUCGCUGUGCCAGUCCUGCUCCACUGCCGGUAGCAACGUGGCGUUCGACUACCCGGCCGGCUGUACCUGCAUACACGACCCAUCAGACAUCCACACUAUUCCUCUUAAGAUGCUCUGCCAGAACAUGAAGAGGCAGAUAGUCUCCAGAGCCUUUUAUGGAUGGCUGGCCUACUGUCGACACCUGUCCACUGUGCGGACUCACCUGUCAGCUCUGGUCAACCACAACAUCGUCCCUCCAGACAGACCCUGCGAGGCGUCCGGUGGCCUCAGCAAAGAGGUGUGGAGCAAAUACCAGAAAGACUGCAAGAACUAUAAGGAGCUGGAGCUGCUAAGGUUGGUUUAUUAUGGCGGAGUGCAGCAUGACAUCAGGAAGGAGGUCUGGCCUUUCCUGCUGGGGCACUACAAGUUCGGCAUGGGCAAAAAGGACAUGAGCCAGAUUGACGCGAAGAUCAGCGAACGCUACCAGCAGGUGAUGCGGGAGUGGAAGGCCUGUGAGGUGAUUGUCAAGCAGAGGGAGAAAGAGAUGCAGUCGGCCAUCUUUGCCAAGCUCUCCUCGGGUAGCAGUAUCGACAGCCACGUCCUGCGACUCGUUCACAGAGACUCCACACUCAGCAACGAGGUGUUUAUGUCGGUGGACGAGCCGGAUGCAGGGAGCCAGGAAACCCCCAGUGGAGAGGACAGUACCCCCACCAUGACCACCCUGGUUCCCCCUGCAGCCCUCCCGCCAGAGGAGCGCCCCCUGGUGGAGUUUGACUCUCCCGACUCGGGCCUGCCCUCCUCCAGAAACUACUCAGUGACCUCUGCUCAUUCCCAGAUCCUGUCCAGCAUAGACGACGGACAGAGUACGGAGGAGGAAGGGGGGGGCGGGGAGGAGGGCAGGACUCCGGGUGUGCUGGGCGGGCGUCAGGACUCUCUGACUGAGGACAGGCUGUGCAGCCAACUGGACAAACUGGUGACCAAUGGAGGAGCUGCAGAGGGGAUAUCACCUUCACUUUCCUCAUACACGAUCGAGCUGUUGGACACAGUUGCCCUCAACCUCCACAGGAUAGACAAAGAUGUGCAGCGCUGUGACCGCAACUAUUAUUACUUCACCCCAGCCAACCUGGAGAAACUACGAAACAUCAUGUGCAGCUACGUGUGGGAGCAUUUAGAGAUGGGCUAUGUUCAGGGCAUGUGUGACCUCCUCGCUCCGCUCAUGGUCAUCCUGGAUGAUGAGUGCCUGGCAUACAGCUGUUUCACUCAGCUAAUGAAGAGGAUGAGUCAAAACUUCCCUAAUGGCGGAGCCAUGGACACACACUUUGCCAACAUGAGGUCACUGAUCCAGAUCCUGGACUCAGAGCUGUUUGAACUGAUGCAGCAGAAUGGGGAUUACACUCACUUUUACUUCUGUUACCGCUGGUUCCUGCUGGACUUCAAGAGAGAGCUCCUGUACGAGGACGUGUUUGCGGUUUGGGAGGUGAUCUGGGUGGCUCCCAGGAUCUCCUCAAAGCACUUUGGCCUCUUUCUGGCCUUGGCCCUGGUAACAGUUUACCGUGAGAUCAUCAUCGACAACAACAUGGACUUCACUGACAUUAUCAAGUUCUUCAAUGAGAUGGCUGAGCGCCAUGAUGUCCAGCAUAUCCUGAAGAUAGCGCGUGAGCUGGUGCACAAAGUCCAGUCUCUUAUGGACAACAAGUGACUAUAGAGGAAGAGGAGGAGGAGUGUCUGACCCUACAGGACACUCAACUCUUCCUCUCAUCCCUCAGAGAGACAGAGUAUUUCCAGGCCUCCACCUAUCCCGAGCAGGUCCAGGGAGUCCAGGUCUCCUCCCUGCCCAGAUGAAGGCCCUGGGAGUAGGGGCAGGAGUGCUGCUGAGGCGGCCUGGCUCUGGAGCUCGGCCUCAACCUGUUUACAUUUACCUUCACAUGGAAUGCCCAUGGUGUCUGUUCAGACAUGUGGAUUUGUCUGCAUGCUUGUGAGUUUGAUCACACUGUGAACGCAUUCUUGAGUCUCCCCACUCCUACAAAGCUUGUGUGCGUGCAUGACAACACUCACACACACACAUACACACACACAUUCCGAAACAACAUUGGCUCUGUCAAUACUCCAGUGUGUCACCCUUUUCCUGACUGAACCAGAACAUGUUGGGUGCCUGUCAGGAAGGUUGAUCAGAUGUGUUCCUCCAUGCAAUGCCGGCGGAGAACACUAGAGUGCAGGAUUUACAUACAACAUUGUCAGAGGAGCAGAAGACUUAGCCACGAAGAAGUUUUCAUUAGUGACCAAAUGGACUGUGCCAACUACCUUUUCAUGAGUGUUUUCUACAACAAGCAUGUGUGUUUUUACCCCUCCCUUUUUUCUUUUUGUCCAAGUGUUCAUUAUCACACAAAUGUUGCCUUUAUCAGUAACAGCCCAAGGUACUUAGUUGCACUUUUUUGUGAGGGUUUCCUUCAUGGUGCCUGUGAAGGCCUCACCAGAGUCGGUGGGGGCCGGAGGCACCACAAGAGGCCAAACUGUUGAAUUGCAGCCAACUUUCCUGAGCAUUCAAGUCAGUGUUUAAAGCAUGUUUAAUCCUUGUUCCAAGACAGAGGAAACACAGCAGCAGAGCACAACAGUUAAGACAAAAGCACACAGGCCUUCCUCCAUACUUUAAUAUAAAACGUGGGCGUCGCUGUUUUGUAGUACUGAGUUUAGUUCAGGGCCGUAUCUCCACUGAGGUCAUGUCUGUGGUAAUAUUUCAGGGAACUGGGGCGCUUAAUAACCAAAGGAGGAAUUGAUAUUCAAUGAUUACACACAAAUUACACAUGUUGUGGUUUUUAAUCUGAUUCUGAUAUUAUUUAUAAUAAAUUGUGAUUUUAAAGCCAAAAAUAAAGGGGAUUUAGUAUUAUCCAACACAUUUUAAUGGAAGCCCAUUUCUUCCAACGCGACAGGGAAAAAGGAUUCUCUAAAUCAUUAUAACGACAAACUUUGUCAAUAUUAUGAAAAAGUUUAUUAUAUAUAGGUAUAUAUUUAGAAUGACUUACAUAAUCUUUUUUUCCUGUCACAUUGGCAGAAAUGGGCUUCUGUACAUUUUAGACCAUUAUAUUGGGAGAUAAAAAUCCACAAUUUCAAUAGUCAGAAAUAUGUUAGAUGGGUUGAGUUGCCCUGGAUGGGAAUUUGGACUCAUGACCUCAGUAUUUCUAAACCCUGGCUACGGCCCUGCUUGAGUUACUUUCUGCAGGGUUGGCUGAAGUUUCAAAGGACAUUAAGCUGAGAAACACACACAGUGAUAGAAGAAGACUUGAAAAGAUGAAUAAAUGGAGUAUUAUAGAUUCGUGGCUGGUUAGAAGAAGUAGACAUGACGGGCUGAGAGAAAGGGGGCAGAAGAAAAUGAAACAUGAUCAAGAAAUCAAGAGAAUGAAAAUAAAGUAACAGAUUGAUUAUAUAUACCAGUAUUCCUUUUAAGAAUAAAGCUGGAAAUAUUGUAUAUUUUUGUUAUUGUCAACAAUUUCCAUGAAAAGACCAAAACCACUUCCCUAACCUGUCUUUGGCACUCAACCUCACUCACUGAUUCUUACUGAAGACGUAAAUCUAUAAAAAUGAGUUUCAUUUUUACAAAAAGGCUCAGUAAUUCACUGGAACAGAUGGGUGCUGUUGUUUUUAACAAACUUAAUGCAAACAAGAGUAAAUGGUGCAUUAGUUGGGGACUAUUUUCAGAGAUGGAUUAAUGCACAUUUGGUGCUUUAUUUACAGGAGGAGUUAACAAGUUGAAGCUUUUCACUGCUUUAAAUUAUGUUUGAUUUUAAAAACAGACAAACCAAACACAGGCUCUAGAUAGGGACUUUUGUGUUUUUUGUAGCCACCAUAGUUUGUCAUUUGCACUUGGAAAAGGGAGGGUGAAACGAGGGAGUGGCAAUCUGCAACUGCUCCGCUUGAUGCCACUAAAUCUACACACUGGACCUUUAAUAUUUAGUCUUAAACAAUGUCAGAAAACACCUCACAGUAUCCCGAAGCUCCAGCUCUUGCAAAGUCUUGUUUUGUCUGAGCAACAGUACGUUGUUUCAGUACGUGCAAGAGUGUUUUUAUCAGCUUUUAGAUGACAGUGGAGCUCUAUGGCACACAGGCAUAACAUAAAACAGGAUUUGGAUGCCAACACAAUACUUGUUAGUAGAUACAUUGAUUGCUGGUUAGGGUCUGAGCACGGGAUUGGUUGACAAUAAGAGUAUUAAAGAAUAUUUCCAGCUUCAUCCUUUAAAUGAAUCCAUGUUUUCCUUUGGAACUGGAGUCAAACACGCUCACUGACUGUUGCAUUCAGCAGCACUGUCAGGAAAAGUGGUUGCAUAUGUCCACGUUGAACCCGAUUCUCCUCCUGCCUGAAGUCCAACCUCUAGAAAUAAAACUUGCUCGGACUGGGUUGGUCUGAAUAACACAUGUGGUCCCAGGGUUUUAAAAAAGAAAUACCUGAGAAGAAGCUGCUUUUAAUGCCAAACUUUCUCUAGUGUUCAGUGAGUCAGUAUUAGGUUGGUUGAGGCUUCACAGUAACAGCACAGAAUACAUUCAUGUUUGUAUCUGAAGAGAAUCGGGGACAUUUUUUGAUACUGUUUCCAAUCCCCCUCAUCAGUGUGACCUUUUAUCUCCAUCCUCCUUAUAAUGUCCAACGCGGCUGCAUAUGAUUGGUCAUCCAGCUCGGACCUGCACCUGUGAUUCAAGUGCCAAGAGUCUUCCCCAAUCCUGAAGUGUACUGUAGUCAUCCGGCUCUCUGAUUUCACUAGUUUGAUGCCAGGAACGGGCAGUGGUGUGGAUGUACCUCGCUACGGCCUCUCCCCCUCCCCCAGGGAGGGUUGCCAGGGGAAUCCAGGGCCCAUAGCAGAGCUUUUUCUUCCAAUCAGGACGUUGUGUACCAAAGCCUUGAAACAGCCCCCUCUGUGGCAUGACGACAAUGUGCAAUGUCAUACUGCAUCUUGAAGACUGACUGUUUAUUAUGUGUGUAAAAUAUUUUUGAAAAUGGUGAUCUUGGAUUCUUUAACUACUGUGCAAUUUCUGUCGUUUGAGAAAAUCCAUCAAAGUCUAUAUUGCUGUAAAUACGAACUGAAAGCCCAAUAUUUCUAUGAAGACAGUCAGAACAUAUAUAUAACUUAUUUUGAGAUCUAUUUUUUAUGUUGGUUUUAGCAGCACUAGUCGAAGGUGUAUACUGUGCAGAAAUGCAGAAUGUGUGCAGACUAUGUUACACGUUGACUGUUAAGUGUUCUUUCUCAAUGUUGUGCACUGACUUCAAGAUUUCAAAUUUCUAUUUAUUUAGAGAGCCAAUGAUUGCAUUGCUGAAUAUGUAUUGGUAAGGAUGUAUCAUUUGCCUUGAAUGUAAUGUAUUAUUAAAUAAGAGGUUGUUCAUUA